AUGGCGUUCCCUCAGUCCAGACCUAAGGCUCCCCAGCUUCCUCAGCAUCUUCUCAGGACCAUCGACUGUCAGCAGGGCGCUGUCAGGGCGGUUCGCUUCAACGCUGAUGGGAGCUACCUGAUGUCUUGUGGCAGUGACAAGUCUCUAAAGCUGUGGAGUCUGAGCAGAGGGACCCUGCUGCAGUCGUACAGUGGCCACAGAUACGAGGUUCUGGACGCUGAUGGCUCUUAUGACAACAACUUAAUUUGCACCUGCAGCUCAGACAAGACUGUGAUCCUGUGGGACGUCCCCACGGGACAGGUCACACGCAAACUCAGAGGUCAUGCCGGGAAAGUCAACUGUGUCCAGUUUAACAAGGACCCAAAUGUAAUCUUUUCUGGGUCCAUAGAUGGGACAGUUAGGUGCUGGGACAUCAGGUCCAGAGGACAUGAGCCCGCCAUGAUUUUGGACGAUGCCACGGACGGCGUCAGCAGCCUGAAGGUGAUGCAACACGAGCUGCUCACAGGAUCUUUGGACGGCAAUCUGAGGCGCUACGACAUGAGGAUCGGUCAGCUGUACGAGGACUUCAUCAACAGUCCCAUCACGUGCGUUUGUUUCAGUCAAGACGGUCAGUGCACGCUGAGCUCCAGUUUGGAUUCAAAGCUCCUACUACUGGAUAAGAGCACAGGGGAAAUGUUGGGAAGGUUUAAAGGACAUAAGAUGAAGGACUACAAGCUGGACUGCUGUCUCACUAAUAAAGACACACAUGUCCUGAGCUGCUCUGAGGACGGGCACGUCUACUGCUGGGACCGGGUUGAGGGCUCUUUGACCUUGAAGCUGUUCGUGGGAGAAGCUGUGGUCCAGUCGCUGUCCUUCCACCCCACAGAGACGUGCCUCCUCACCGCCAUGGAGGGGCGUGUCCAGGUAUGGGGGGCGGAGCCAGAGGAGGACGUGGGAACGCAUUCGCCGACGUGGAACACCCUCUCUGAGCAUCUCGGAGAGCUCUACGUGCACCUCUGA